AUGGCCAAUGCAUCCGCUAAAAAAGUCGCUGCUCAGAAUGAGGUUGCGAUUCGGAAUUUGCAGAUGGGAAUGCUCAUAGCCAAUGCUCUUUAUUGGGUAUUACGCUUUCUUUUUCGCCGACCUGUUUUAGCGCGAGGCCCAACUUCGCUCUACGUACUCACAUUCAUCCCGACCGUCGUACUAUACAGACAUCUCACAUCCAUUGGUCUCCCCCGAAAAGAACCUAAAACCGGGGCAUUAAUAUCCCCAGGCGAAGACCUACACCAAUCUGGGAUAACCGAAUGGUGCUGGGAUAUUAUUUACGUGACGUGGGGAUGUGCAGUUGGUAGCUCCUUGUUGGGCAAUUGGGUGUGGUGGCUCUAUCUUGUGAUCCCCGGCUACGCGGGAUUCAAGAUCUAUACCAAGUUUGUUGGUCCGAUGUUCUUCAAUAAAUCGGGCACUGCUCCAGUUGAAGAUGCGUCAGCAGCAGAACCUACUGGACCGAGCAAGCGUCAACAAAAGUUGCAGCAGAGGGCAGAAAAGGGUGAUCCACGCGUCAAACAACAGCAGAUCCAGUUAAGAGUAGAGGGAUUCAAAGGGGCGGACCGGAGCGCGAUGGACGCCAUCGAGCGAGAGGUGGUUAGCUACUUGAAUGACACGUACGAACUGGCUGUCGCACUCGCGAAUAAUUCUGGACGAUCAAGACCCGGUGCACAAGACGUUCUCAAAGCAUGUGAAGACGGAGACUUGUCAGUCCAGGACCUGAAGCGAGUCAUGAAGCGAACAGCCAAGGUGUCUCGUACGUCGGUCAAGCGUGCCGAUGUUCAAACCCGCUCCCAAGCGUCGCCGAGUCCUGAACUGUUGGGAUCAGACGAAUCCUCUGCAGGGGAAGAAAACCCAGAUACAUCCAAGACAGAAAAAUCCAAGGAUAAUUCGAACAAGCCUAGGACACUUAAACAUCUUCCGGGUCAGCUUCCGGAUUUACCGCCCAAGCAUUCUUACAUGCGAACUUCAGCAAGUUCUUUUUCCUCAAGUGCGCCCAAACCCUCGUUGAGCCUUCUAGAUCAACAACUAGAGCGAAGCAUGCUGGUUCAAACCUCGUUACAGAACAUUGUCAAAGCGACCAACGGUGCCGAUACAACACCUCAACACGACCUCCUCGCUGAGGUUGUAAAUUGGGAGACCGUUGGUCCGCAGGCAGCAGAAAACAUGAAACGAUGGAACGUUUAG